AUGGGGUUCGGCGCCAGGUGGAGCAAGUGGAUUGAUUCUUGUAUCAGGUCUGCUCAUUUCUCAGUUAUCCUCAACGGGUCCCCAAAGGGUUUCUUCAAAAGCUCUAGGGGCCUGCGUCAAGGGGACCCCCUUUCCCCUCUUCUUUUCCUGCUCAUUGGUGAGGCGCUCUCCAAGAUGUUGAUCAGAGGCCAUGACCAGGGAAUCCUACGUGGUUUGUCGAUGCCAGGUCUGACUCACCCUCUCACGCACAUCCAGUUUGUUGAUGAUAUUUUAAAAUUCUCUCAGCCCUCUCCUCAGUACGUCAAUCACCUACGAACUGCUCUCCACUGUUUCGAAGCUGUGUCUGGUCUUUGCAUCAAUAUGGGAAAAUCAAAGCUGCUAGGAAUUAAUGUUAACACCGAUACGCUGCUCUCUUCUGCUAUAAUUCUCGGGUGCCAGACCCAAUCAUUCCCCACCACUUUUGUCGGUCUGCCCCUCGCAUAUCUCUCAUUUGGAGGUCGCCUGACUCUGAUUAAAGCAACUCUGAUGAAUCUUCCCCUGUAUUAUAUGUCUUUGUUCGAGUGCCCGGUCUUGGUUCUGAACGCCAUCGACAAGAUCAGGAGAGAUUUUCUGUGGUUUGGCAAAUGGUCCUGGAGACUUGCAACCGAAAAGGAAGCCCUUUGGUCAUCAAUUAUCAAAGGCAAAUACGGCUCCUCCCCCGGAAAUUGGUGGACUAAAGAUUCCUCCUUCUACAAGGCCUCUCACAUCUGGAAAAGCAUCCUUUGCGCCAAGGGUCCGGUCAUACAGAACUGCGCGUUUCAGCUAGGAAAUGGCUCUUCUAUUCAUUUUUGGGGAAGAUCAUUGGGUGGGGGAAGACAUCCUCAAACGCCGGUUUCCUAA